GUCUUUCUGAUUGCAGAGACGCUGAUGGACACGAAGUGGGCCACGACAGAAUUAGCCUGGACAGCGCACCCUGAGACUGGGUGGGAAGAGGUAAGCGGUUACGAUGAUGCCAUGAACCCUAUCCGGACGUACCAGGUUUGCAAUGUACGUGAGCUCAACCAAAACAACUGGCUGCGUAGCGACUUCAUCCCACGCAAGGACGUGUUGCGUGUGUACGUGGAGAUGAAAUUCACUGUACGUGACUGCAACAGUAUCCCCAACAUCCCCGGGUCCUGCAAAGAGACCUUCAACCUCUUCUACUAUGAAUCCGACUCUGACUCUGCCACAGCUACUAGUCCCUUUUGGAUGGAGAACCCUUACGUGAAGGUGGACACAAUUGCCCCCGAUGAGAGCUUCUUCAUGCUGGAGUCCGGGCGGGUAAACACCAAAGUGCGGAGUUUUGGACCCCUCUCCAAGGCCGGCUUCUACCUGGCCUUCCAGGACCUAGGUGCUUGCAUGUCACUGAUCUCGGUGAGGGUCUUCUAUAAGAAGUGCUCCACCACCAUCGCCAACUUUGCCGUCUUUCCCGAGACGGCGACCGGGGCUGAGGCAACGUCUUUGGUCAUUGCACCGGGCACCUGCGUCCCCAACGCCCUGGAGGUGUCCGUGCCUCUGAAGCUCUACUGCAAUGGGGAUGGUGAGUGGAUGGUCCCUGUGGGUUCCUGCACCUGCUCUUCUGGAUUUGAGCCAGCUAUGAAGGACACACAAUGUCAAGCUUGCAGCCCUGGCACCUUCAAGUCCAAGCAGGGGGGGGACAUCUGCUCACCCUGCCCUGCCAACAGCCGGGCCAGCUCCGGGGCGGCCAGUGUGUGUUCCUGCAGAAACGGGUACUACCGCUCAGACACCGACUCGCCAGACUCGGCCUGCACCACUGUGCCGUCUGCGCCUCGCAGUGUCAUCUCCAAUGUCAAUGAGACCUCACUGGUGCUGGAGUGGAGCGAGCCACGUGACUCGGGUGGCCGCAGCGACAUCUUCUACAACAUCAUCUGCAAGAAGUGUCUGCCUGAGCGUGGCAUGUGCUCAAGAUGUGACGACAACGUGGACAUCUCACCGCGGCACCUGGGGCUGAUGCAACGGCGCGUGGCUGUCCGCAACCUGCAGGCCCACACACAGUACAGCUUUGAGAUCCAGGCGGUCAAUGGCGUGUCUAACAAGAGCCCAUAUGCGCCGCAGUUCUCCUCUGUGAACAUCACCACCAAUCAAGCCGCCCCCUCUGCAGUGCCAACGGUUCACCUGAUGGCGGCGACGGCAAGCACCAUGAGCCUAUCCUGGCUGCCCCCAGAGAAACCCAACGGAAUCAUUCUGGAUUACGAGAUCAAGUACCACGAGAAGGAUCAGGGUGAGGCCAUCGCCCACACCAUGACCGCCCAACGGAGCUCUGCCCGAAUUGAGGGCCUUAAGGCCGGCACGCCAUACAUCGUACAGGUCCGCGCCCGCACUGUGGCUGGUUACGGCCGCUACAGCAGCCCGGCCGACUUCAGCACCAACCUGCAAACCGACCCGCAGAAAUCACUGCAAGAGCAGCUGCCCCUCAUCGUUGGAUCAGCCACUGCCUGCUUGGUCUUCAUCAUUGCUGUUGUGGUCCUCGCCAUCGUCUGUCUCAGAAAGCAGAGGAACGGCUCGGAGUCGGAGUACACAGAGAAGCUGCAGCAGUAUAAAUCCCCCAUAGUAACACCGGGAAUGAAGGUCUACAUUGACCCCUUCACCUACGAGGACCCCAACGAGGCUGUCCGCGAGUUCGCCAAGGAGAUCGACGUCUCCUGCGUAAAGAUCGAGGAGGUCAUCGGCGCAGGUAACCCACCAAAGCUCCUGAGCUACAGGGGGAAGACUGCUAGUCACCUCCAGGCCAUACCGUUAGAGGACUUCACGCCAAGCGGAGAGUUUGGGGAGGUGUGCCGUGGACGUCUCAAGCUCCCCGGCCGCCGGGAGAUCAUCGUGGCCAUCAAAACACUAAAGGUUGGCUACACCGAUCGCCAGAGGCGGGACUUCCUGUCAGAGGCGUCCAUCAUGGGCCAGUUCGACCACCCCAAUAUCAUCCGUUUGGAGGGCGUUGUCACCAAGAGCCGGCCCGUCAUGAUCGUCACUGAGUUUAUGGAGAACGGCGCUCUGGACUCUUUUCUGAGGCUCAACGAUGGGCAGUUCACAGUAAUCCAGCUGGUUGGCAUGCUGCGUGGCAUUGCAGCGGGCAUGAAAUACUUGUCAGACAUGAACUACGUACACAGAGACCUUGCUGCACGUAACAUCCUGGUCAACAGCAACCUGGUGUGUAAAGUGUCCGACUUCGGCCUGUCUCGCUUCCUCGAGGACGACCCUUCGGACCCCACCUACACUAGCUCAUUGGGCGGCAAGAUCCCCAUUCGCUGGACGGCUCCCGAGGCAAUUGCCUACAGGAAGUUUACCUCUGCCAGCGAUGUGUGGAGCUACGGAAUUGUCAUGUGGGAGGUCAUGUCGUAUGGCGAGCGCCCAUAUUGGGACAUGAGCAAUCAGGAUGUGAUAAAUGCAGUGGAGCAGGACUACCGACUUCCUCCGCCCAUGGACUGCCCCACAGCGCUGCACCAGCUAAUGCUGGACUGCUGGGUGAAGGAGAGGAACCUGCGGCCCAAAUUCACCCAAAUCGUGGCCACGCUCGAUAAGCUAAUCCGCAAUGCUGCCAGCCUUAAGGUGGUCACCAACAGCACGCAGUCCACAGGGGUGUCCCAGCCCCUGCUUGACCGAUGUGUGCCGGACUAUACCACUUUCACUACUGUGGGGGACUGGCUGGAUGCCAUCAAGAUGAGUCGUUACCGUGACAACUUUGUCAACGCCGGAUUUGCUUCCUUUGACCUUGUGGCUCAGAUGACAGCAGAGGACCUGCUUCGGAUAGGGGUGACGCUGGCCGGCCACCAGAAGAAGAUUCUAGGCAGCAUUCAGGACAUGAGACUACAAAUGAACCAAACCCUGCCUGUCCAGGUUUGAGAGACGGGGCAUGCAGACCAGUCAACAUAACAGACCAGACAGACAGGGAAAUGGGGGGGAGGAACUGUGCCAGAGAGAGAGAGAGCGAGAGAGAGAGAGUGAGAGAGAGAGAAAGAGCCAACGGGAAACCCUAGCUGCCUGACUCAUCUCUGCCAAUCAGACGUUACGAAACUGGCUUGCAGUGCCUCAGACUUUUUUUUUCAAUCGCAACUACUUCCAUUUCCUGUUCCUGUGUUCCGAGUUAUUAUUCUGCAUUUCAUUUUUUUUCCCCCAUCCACCAGGACAUUAGGUCAGGAUUCUUUUGUAUAUUUUUGAAAAGGAGGACGAGUGAACCCCCUUAUAUCCCAUGCGUGCCUCACUGGCUCCGGUGUGGGUUGAUGUUUGCAUGCGUGCGUGUGGUUUCUGUGAGGUUGGCCAGGAUGGGACCUUAGCCCUGUAUCCCAAAUGUUAGUCUUUUGGUCCUCAUCCAAGAACCAUUAUACCUGAUUCCCCCCCCCAACAAUCCCAACAACCCACCGUUGACAGAAAAUCCACCCCUCCCCAAUAGAAACUCAAUACAUAGUAAAAAAAAAAAGAAAGAAAAGUGAACACCAAGGUUUAAAAAAAGUAUGAAAAAAGUGAAUAAUCAUUCACAAGAAAAUACAAAAAAAAAAUGUUUUGGUGAAAAAGGCGAUCCCAUACUAGAAGUUGUUUUACUGUGCGUGUGUUUUUAAUUCCCCAUCUUCAUAUUGAAGGUGUGUUAUCUAAAAAGGGCACUUUGCCAGAGCAGGGUGAGGAGGUGGUAGAGGAAAUUGACGGGCUGGGGUCAAAGCUCAAGAGGAUCACUGAGGCCAAGAGCUCAAAUAAGAGCAGCCGCCCAGCUUAGGACACUUGUUCGGCUGCUCGGUCCCCCUGCAGGUCACCAACUGACCUCGGUGCCAAGACCUGGGGCCGCUCAGGAUAGUUUCACAGCUUGGGAAUAUUUUUGUUUGUUUUUUGGUUCAUCCACUCUCUAUUUUUGAUUUUCAUUUGAUCUCAUUACAUUUAAUUCUCUCUCUUUUAUUUUGUUUUUUAUUUUUUUAUUAUUUCCUUUUAAAAUUGGCCGGUCGAACCCGAGCACCCCUAUUGGACGCUUCAUGUGACUGAGGGGAGACGGGGACUGUGGCAUCAUGAGACAAAGACCACUUGGCCUUUUUUUAUUUUUUGUGCGUUUUGUGUGCAUUUGUGUGUUUGUAUUAGAGAGAGACAGUGUGUGUGGUUAGGUGUCUGUGUGUGAAUGUGCGAGUGUAACAAGUGCACACAAAUAUACUGUACAAUACAGCUUCCGCUAUCUGCCACCAUGGAGAAUUAACGCAUGAACUGAACAAGUGACAAGGAGCAAUUAUAUCUGAAACAAUUACGCUAUACUCUGUGGACAACUGUUAAACGUUCUUCUUUUCUAUCGAAUCAAAAAAAAAGGACUUUGGAAAUAUAUAUCUGCAUCGUACUGAAACAGAGCAAACCAUGAGAGACACCUUACUUCCCUCUGAAUAUUAUCUGAUUUAGAAAUAAUCAAACAUUCUUGUUUUAAUUUCUCGACACCCCCCCCAUGUAUUUAUUUGUAAUUUGUAUACCCCCCAAACGGACGAAUUGGAGGCCGUGGGACUGUGGACUUGGAACAAUCAGGAGGAAGAGAGACCCUGGGAGGAUUCAGCAAAUGAAUUGAUGAUCAUUACAAAGGAAAAAAAAAUUGCAUAUGAAUUGGAUAGUGUAUUUUUGUUGUUGUUCUAAACAGCCUGUACAUGUUUUGUAACAAAAAUGAGAUAAAUAACACGAAAAAAAAUGGUGUUUUGAGAAAACGGGGAAAGUGUUGUGAAAUGUUUGAUUUUGGGAGAACUGAGCAGAGUGAGGGAUGACAGAAACAGAAAGCAAGAAAAAAAUAAGAGGUAGUAUUUCUGUGUGCGUGUGUGCGUGCAUAUGAGUGUGUGUAUGUGUGUGUGUUUAUAAGUAUCUAAGUGGUUGUGUUUCAGGUCAGCAUUUUGAUAAGACCAACAAGACUGGAUCUUUCACCGACGCAACCUGGCUCCCGUUCUCAUCACAGAGGAAGAGGAGUUUAUUGCGUUGCCCUGUGCUUCCAUUAACUGUCUCCCAUGCACCUCUUAUCAAACCUCCUUCCAACCAUUUCAGAGGCAUCCCUAUGGCUCGUGAAAUGCAGAAUUAACCUACGUUUACUUGUGUUUAUCUAUAUGAUUUAUCUCAUGGUUGGUUACUUCCAGAGCAACAGCGUAAUACCCGGCUCAUCUCAGAUCCGUAUGGACUUUUAUAAACGGUAGUUACAGAGCAACUCCAGAGAUGAACUAUAGACUGGUCAGUGAUCACCCCUGCCACUGGUUUGUAGAAACCCAGAGGCGGACCUGCCCUUUUGCCUAUGUGUUACAUAGCCUUGUGGGAGAGAUACCAGGAACUGUCACAAGUGAGGCUCAUGGGUCCUCCUCGUCUGUCAGGUCAGUUAAGCACUGGGGCCAGUUUGUGCAUAUCCUUGCAGCGAGCGCAGACAUAUGGCUGGCCGACCUAUCAUUAUCUCUCUUCAUUUCCUGUCCGGCCCGCAAUCAUCCUGUCUCGGCUCGGGCUGCUGCCUGAUUAGUACAGUGUAGGAUCAACAGCCUUGGCACACAGACAGCCAAAAAUCUGCAGGCCCCUCAUCCUAAAUGAUAGCAGCUGCAUCACCUAGACCGUACUAUUACUCCUCACAGAGGGGUGCUCUCAGGUGGUGGACUAAGGGAUGGGGGCCGCACCAUUAGUCCCAUCUCCCAGACAGUCUCCGUAUUGUUUGGGUUGGAGUUGAUCAAUGCAAUAUGUGAAUAUUAUUAGCUGUGUGUGCGUAAUGAUAGCAUGAUGUUAGUGUCUUUACGUCUCGCCAUAUUACUCUUGUCAGCCUCUUUUGAACCCCUCGGAAAGCCAUCAAGUGUAUUAUGCAAAGCAACCAUGUGUUCCCUAUUUGAUAUCGUUUCAUCUCACUCUGCGUACAGACCUUUUUCAGCACUGCGAGUCCUCCCCCUCUGUAAACUGCACAGGAAGUAACCAAAACCUUGGAUGGUUUUCAUCCACGUGUUGCUUUUGAUUUCUGAUACGUGCAGCGUGAAUUAAGUGGCACUGGUUUUUACCAUGACUAGUGCCACGUGUACAUGACGAGUAAAUGUCAUAGCGAAGCCUGUUUAGAGGAGCACACAAGGUUUUUUUUCCCCUUCUUAUCAGUCUGCACGGCUGCUUAGUUUCUCUUCAAAGCACUGAUGGCAUUUUUCAGAGGAAGGAGGCUGAUAAAGGCCGAGAGAAGAGUGAGUUGCAUGCAGUCAAAAGCUCGGUCUCAAUGAAAGUCUCCCAUCGAAAUAUUUCUCCCUCUUCCUUUUCCCAAGUCAGUCACUCAGUCAGCCAUCUUCUACUGUUAUGAACACAUGGCACCAAACAAGACAGUUGAUGAGGGUAAAAAAGGUGUGUGCGUGUGUGUGUGUG